UAUUGACACUGAGGAUGAAGAAGGAUUUGCAAAUGAAAGCGCCUUGAAAUACAACAUCUUUUGGAGAGAGCUCUGCAGUUCGCCUGUUGAGUCUCAAAUUCCACCCUUUGCCCCUGCUGAAUCCACUGUUCUGCCCUUUACUCUCUGGGCUAAAAAACCAAACAACAACAACAAAAACCCGAGGGAAAAAAAAUACCUUUGGCAGCAGGGAAGCUUUGUGUGACUGACCCAACGAGCUACAAGUGUCCAGUUUCUGAAAAGAAGAAAACCCUUUUGUCUUCAGCAGAUCAGUAGAAUUAUUUUGGAAGCGAGGAGAGUAUCAAGUGAUCUGGCCUACUGAAGAGGAGACUGAAGCCAUCUCUGAGUGGAGAUUUUGGACUUGCGGGAGGAAGGCUGUGUGUGUCCCUUCCAUGUGGCAGAACUGCUCCUCCUUACCAAGGAAGUCAAAGUGAAGGAAAUAGGUCAAGGGCAGCUUUUACAUUCCACCCAAAAGGCACCACAGUUUGAGAUGAGGAAUUCAGAAGAGCAAGCAGCUACGACAGUUUUACAGCGCCUGCUGCAGGAGCAGCUCAGAUACGGAAACCCAAAUGACAACCGUAACCUUCUUGCCUUACACCAGCAAGCCACAGGAAAUGCCCCCCCUUUCAACAGCACUGGGAGUCCAGCAUCUCAGAACGAAGGGCUGAGCUCCCAGGACCACCAGCUUGUGACUCAUGCUGCCCGUCAGGAGCCCCAGGGCCAGGAGAUACAGGUGGACAACAGCAUCAUGGAGAAGCAGCUCUCCCCGCGACUUCAGAACAGCGAGGAUCUCCCGACCUAUGAGGAAGCCAAAGUCCAGUCACAGUAUUUCAGGGGCCAGCCGCAUGCUAGUGUCGGGGCAGCGUUUUAUGUAACAGGGGUCACCAACCAAAAGAUGAGGACUGAAGGGCGGCCCACGGUUCAGCGGGUGAGCCCAGGGAAGGUCCACCAGGAUGAAGGACUUAAGGACCUCAAGCAAGGGCACGUCCGCUCCUUGAGCGAGAGGCUGAUGCAGCUGUCCUUGGCCACCAGCGGUGUCAAGGCCCACGCGCCUGUCACGAGCGCGCCACUCUCCCCCCUCUCUCCGCUUUCUCCUCAGCAGUCCAGCGACCCUUAUAAAAAUUCUGGCUCCAAUGAGUUCUACAAGAACUCAGUGCAGCCCCCUUCCCAGCCCAACAUGAAAGGAAUGGAGCAGCGGGGUCCUCCUCCAGAGUAUCCUUACAAAAAUGUGUCCACCCCAUCUAUGAACUGCAAACCUCAGGACUCGGGACAUUUCUAUAGUGAUCAUCGCAUGAGCCAGCAGGGAAGAUCUGAUGGGCCUAUGAUGAGGUAUCAACAUCCUCCUGAGUAUGGGUCAGUCAGGCAGAACCCAGAUGUGCAGCUGCAGUUACAACAGAGACCACCUCACCACCACAGCCCAACUUCUUCCUUGACAUCCCUGGGAUCUUUGACUUUGCUUCAGUCUCCGCCACCAUCCAGGCUGUCCCCUUCCCAGCAUCAGCAACCUCUGACUCCAAGCCAGGGAGAUCCUGGCAUUCUGCCACGGACCCAGCAGCCAUUCUUGUCAAACCAAGUCCAUCAGGGAGAUUUGUACCGACUAUGCCAGCCCUUCCUAGGCCCGCAGCAGCAGCAAGGCGAUUCCUAUUCAGUAAUGUCCCGGGCUCAGCAGAUACCUUCCCCAUAUCAGCAGAUGCAAGUAGAUCCUUUUGCCAUAGUUUCCAGGGCCCAGCAAAUGGUGGAAAUACUGUCAGAAGAGAACCGGUCCCUACGACAGGAGCUGGAUGGGUGUUAUGAGAAAGUAGCUCGGCUGCAGAAGCUGGAAACAGAAAUUCAGCAAGUUUCAGAGGCAUACAAAAACCUGGAGAAAUCAUCCUCUAAGCGGGAUGCCCUGGAAAAGGCCAUGAGAAACAAGCUGGAAGGAGAAAUUCGUAGGCUUCAUGAUUUCAACAGGGAUCUAAGAGAACGUAUGGAGACAGCCAACAAGCAGCUUGCGGAGAAGGAAUUUGAGGGGUCUGAAGACAAUCGGAAAACCAUCUCUCAACUCUUUGCACAAAACAAGGAAACACAGCGGGAAAAAGAGAAACUGGAAAUAGAACUGGCUGCUGCACGCUCCACCAACGAGGACCAACGAAGACACAUCGAGAUCCGAGACCAAGCCUUGAACAAUGCUCAGGCUAAGGUGGUGAAACUGGAGGAGGAGCUCAAAAAGAAGCAGGUCUAUGUUGAGAAGGUGGAGAAGAUGCAGCAGGCCUUGGUUCAGCUGCAGGCAGCAUGUGAGAAACGGGAACAGCUGGAACAUAGGCUGCGGACCCGGCUGGAGAGAGAACUGGAGUCUCUCCGGAUGCAGCAGCGUCAGGGUACAUCUCAGACUGCCAACGUCUCGGAGUACAACGCCACGGCGCUUAUGGAACUCCUGCGCGAGAAGGAAGAAAGGAUUCUUGCUCUGGAAGCUGACAUGACCAAGUGGGAACAAAAAUACCUGGAGGAGAGUGUGAUGAGACAGUUUGCUUUGGAUGCAGCUGCAACUGUGGCUGCUCAGAGGGACACGACAGUGAUCAGCCACUCGCCUAACCCUAGCUAUGACACCUCACUGGAAGCUCGCAUUCAGAAGGAGGAGGAAGAGAUCCUGCUUGCCAACAGGAGGUGUCUCGACAUGGAGGGAAGGAUUAAGACUCUGCACGCUCAGAUCAUUGAGAAGGAUGCCAUGAUCAAAGUCCUGCAGCAGCGCUCCCGGAAGGAGCCUGGUAAGACAGACCAGCUCUCCUCAAUGAGACCCGCCAAGUCGCUGAUGUCCAUUUCGAAUGCUGGCUCGGGCUUGCUGUCCCACUCGUCAACACUGAGCAGCACUCCCAUCCUGGAGGAGAAGAGGGAGGACAAGAGCUGGAAAGGCAGCCUAGGUGUUCUGCUGGGAACAGAAUAUCGCUCCGAAUCCAUUCCCUCCACCCCCUCUCCUGUCCUUCCUUCCACACCGUUGCUGUCAGCCCACUCAAAAACAGGCAGCAGAGACUGCAGCACCCAGACUGACCGAGGGAACGAACAAAGCAAAGCUGCACCUUCCACUGCAGCUCCCACACCAGGACGACUCCCCAGUACCAACCUGGCCUACAGUGCAGACAAAACAGAUGGACCGCUCUUCCACUCCAGCACUCUUGAAAGAAAAGCCCCUGUUCAGACCAUGGGGCAGGACCUCCCAGAUGGAGAGAUGGUAGAAUACCUCAUCUGAAAGGCUGUACCAGGAUCUGAGCUGGGAUACAGUAGCAAGAAAUUUUUAAAAGACAUUUUUAUUAGGAAAAAAUUGUAGUACCUGAGUAAUAAAAGAACACUCAGCUGUUUGCUCUUGUAUAUUAUGUCUCAAAAGUAUGGACAGGUUAAUUUAUAAUUUGUUCUAAAUUAUAAAAAACCCAUAACACUUGUUCUUUGAGAGUUUCCCCCUUUAUUUUUUAAAUACUGGAUCUGGUAACAUCUGGAGAAAAAACAAGAACUUAGGUGCACUACAUCUGAUAUUUCACUUCAGUAUUUUUAAAGUCUCUUAAACAGAAGUACCUUCUCUCAGAGCUGUUGGUUAAAUGUCUAGCUUGAACGCAGUAAGGUGAGCAUAAUGGCCUUACAAUGAUCAGAACCAGGGACCUAGUUGUGAGCAUCACUUAAUGGUUUUAGAAUACAAGUGUUCUGAGAAACUUUUAUAAAUUUGAGCUGUGAUCAAGGGAGAUUUCUCUCUACACUUUCUAUUUACACUCAGUGUAAUAACUCAGAAUAGGUAUUUCACAUUCGUAGGCUGGAAAGAUUUCCAUUUUCAGUGUAAUAACAUUCUUUUUGGUUUUUUUUACUUCCCAAAUUGUGUUAUUUCUUUAUUAAAAAAAAUUACUCCGGUGAUUAAUGUCGCAUUUCACAUUUUUAGUUUCAUUGAAAGAUUUGCCACACUUUUAUACUUAAGUACUUUUUCAAUAAUUUAUACAGUGGAUAGUAAAUAAUAUAUUGCAUUCAUGUUUUACGUAAAUUAAAAAAGGAGAGUUUACAGGCUCAGUCCUGAUCUGUUAGAUCAGAUUUCUGCCAUUGUAAUUCCAUUGGCUUUAGUGGAACUACUCCAAAUUUACCAUAGUGCAAGUGGCAAGCCCUGUCGCUUUUCAGUGUUAGCAACUUAAUCUACUGCAUCUGUGGAGAUCUUUCUCCGUAGCAGAUUUUUCUAUAUUUCAAAUGCCCUUCUACUUUGUGUGUGCCUCCUUCUUGGAGAUACUAAGUUCUUUUUCAUGUAGCAAAGCCUCAGAGGUAGAGCUUUAAAGAGAAGCUCUGUGUAAAGUUUCAGAUGGCAAAUUCUCUCCUUCCAAAAUAUUUUUUUUCUUCAUCUAACUGGAGAGAGCAGCUUAAAGAAAGUCCCAGAGGCAUUACAGAAGAAAGUUACACAUUUGAGUCAGCAGGUUCACUUUCAGAUUUUUGGGAACUAGCACAGAUGCAGCAAUGCUUUGGUUGCAGAUGCUGUAAGGAGAUAUUAAGACCAAUAGAAGUAAAUGAGUAUUUUUUGUUACUGUCUUUGCAUUUUAUUAAAACACUUCAAUAUUAAUUUCUGUUAAAAACUACUUUUUUUUACUUGAACGUUAAAAUAUUUAAUUAGCUAGUGGUCACACGUUGGGAACCUGGCUAGUCUCAGUUUUCUGUGCAGCACUAGAGUAGCCAGAUUUUCAUUUCAGAUCAUUUCACCCCAGAAAUAAGGAAAAUCAGCAAUUAGUCAUCGAACAGUUAGUGAAUGUCCUACUUAGUUGGCACUGAUAUGGUAUCCAAUUGAAAUAGCCUUACCAGAUCAACGGAUAUAACAGGGAUUUCACAGUGGAGGGUUGGGAGGUGAAAGGAGGUGCCUUCUGUCUGCUGCACAGCUGACUUAGCGGUGCCUAAAGAUCAGCCGUGAGCUGGAUUCUGUUUGUCUUCUAGUGAUAAUCACUUAAAAAACAAGGAAAACACUUCCCAUCAUUUCUAGCAGAUUUGCUGCUUGUUAGCGUUCUUCAGGCUUUAUUCCUAGACCCACAGGAGUUAGAGAUGGCAAAACGCAUAUGGUAAGGUAUGAACUAAGUCUAAAUAGCCUGGCUUUACCAGUGACUGCUCUAACGGGCAGGACAAACUCCAUUCCGUCACCACGUCAGAGCUGCACUUGAAGGCUUUGACUGUCUCUGCCAUAUGGGACGACGUCUUUCUGGACAGUGCGGUAGACCUUCCCUAAGUGUAUUCUAAUAAUCUGUCUGAAUUAGUUCUCCACCCUUUUCUAGACAAACUGUUCACAGCUUCUUCAUUCUCAUCCCUGAAAAUGUCUUACAUUUAUUUCUCUUGGCUUAAUUCCAUCCCAUUAUAUGAUGUAAUGCCCACUCUGGAUGAUUUGAAGUGUUUUCUCUUCCUCCUCCACAGUCGUUGGAAAUGCAGGAGAAGCUUUUCUCAUUAGCUCAAGGUGUCCAUCUUUCUGCCAUUUCAGCAUAAUUUUCUAUAUUGUAUUUUGUGGUUUGGGCUUAGAAUGAACAAUAAGGGAGAUCAAAUGCCAUUGAGUGUCUGCGUGAGAGAGGGGGGGAGAGGUUUGAGUGCUUCUCUGUUCUUUUAAAGUCAGGAAAAAUUCUAUUCCAUCUUUACAAGUAUUUCUCAGCAGUAGGAAAGAAGUUUUGCAACUGUAGGGCUCUAGAUAAACAGUUCCAACUUGCUUGAUUCACAUUAAUUCUAAAACGUCUAGGAAAAUUUGGAUCCUUUACAGAGAAAAUCUGUCUUAGAAAACGUGAUUUUCCCCAGUUGAUAUUGGCUGUUCAGCUGGACUAGGUAAAAAUAAUUUGUUUAUCCUCCUUGCAGCUCAUUGUUUUCAAACUGAAUGCCACUGUAAUCUACUUUUACCAAAAAAAAAAAGGGACAUAAUAGCUUUCUGUGAAUAAAAUACAGAUUAUGGACAGCAACCGUCUCUAAAAAUGGAAGCCACGUGGUCUCUGACAGUCCAAGCCAUCAGGAUUGCAGGAGCCUUAGCAGUUCUAUGCCCAUAGAAGUAAAUUUGGAAGAAGAUGAUGCAGUUUUACAUUGCUUAGGUCAGGUUCUUUGCCCUAUUUUGUAGUUUUGAUUUCUUCCAAAAGCAAAACCCCCAAAGCUUUUGACGUGGAAGUUUGAGGUCAUUUUCCUGUGCUGACAAACUAGGAGCCAUCAGGAACGUAUUCUUUCCCUCGAGCUUCCUCAGAGCCAUCCUGCUGUGAAUGUAAAAGAGCUGCUUGCUUUGAGGAAGAUGUGUACUAUAGUCUUCAGUCUCUCUGUACAGAUUUUUAUUUUGUUUUUAAACAGAAACUGCUUUAAGGAGACAAACUGCACACCUAGUUCCUUUUCCUUCUGUAGAGCUUAUUUCUAGUAGGAAGUGAUUUUUAACACAAUGAUUGCAAUGACCUUCUUUGCAAACCAAAAUUUUAGACUAAGAGUUUUUCUUAAACUCGGGUAUUAGAAGCAGAAUUGUAGCUUUUAUAAAGAAAGCCACAUAUUCUUCUUUGUAGAGCAAAACAAGAAAAUCAAGUUUAGUUAUUUUUCCUCUUUCCUUUUACUGCUUACAGAAUGGCCAAACUCACAAGUCCUUCCCUUGGGCAGUUCCUUUGGGAUUUGACAGCUCAGGGAACUGCCGGAGAUCUAGAGGCUUUUGUUCCCAUCCGGCCCGAUGUCAUUAUUGACUUCAAAUAGCUCCUACCUGGCAACUCUAGAGCAGCAAUUUUCUGUCUGUGGUCUGAGGGCUCAUGGGGAUCUGUGAGUUGCUCCUCAGGAGCCUGCAAAGGGUGGCUGAGGUCAGCAAGUACUGUCAGGGGGCUGAAAUUCUUUCUGUGUGGUCUCUGCCUCUGUCGGCAAGUUGGUAGAGUGAGAGGCUGAAAACUGGCAUUAGCUUUGCUUCGUUUUUGAGGCUGCCUGAGUGAGGGGACUUGCAGGGUUUUAGGCCAGAACCGUUUCCAAGGACACCUCCUGCUCCAGGAGCCCACGCCGAUGCCCAGCGGUGCGUGAGACGUGUACCAACCGCAUCCCAUGAGCCGUGACACCCGUACAGUGAAUCCCGACAGCCGUGGCCAGACGAUGUGCUUUUUCCGUUGCUUAUAACAUGGUGGCAAUAUGAACUCGGUGCAGUCAGGGCAAGCAAAACCCCAGGGGUAAUUUGGCUUUCUCUCCCUCCCUGCGAGGGCUGGCACAGGUUAGCCUGGGAUUCACUGUGCUGCUUCACGCCGCGGCCGAUGGGUUUGCUCCG